CAGUCUAGAAUUGUGCCCACAGCAGCUCAGCCUUGAGGUUGUACGGAACAGCACGAUCAUUGGCCGCCACAGCAGUGACGUCGCUACUUGUACACCUAAUGAAUGAAAUUAUGGCGAGGCUCGACGGCUAGCCCAUCAGUGGCUCGCGUAGGCUGGGUAUGGGGCAUGGGCCAGACAGCGAGUCUCAUUGUAAUUAUAGCAAGAUGUCUUAUGUUUGUGUGUUGUGAAUGCAUAUUUGCCAAGAUGAAUUUACCGCUAAAAUGGAUUAAAAGCGUAAAAUACUAAGCAUCGGGACGAAGAUGGUAGGAAGAGGGUGGUGGUUGCUGGUGUGGACAGUGUACGCUGCUUGGACAGUAUGCAUUGUAUGUGGAGGGUUGUCUUGUCAGCAGGGUCAGGAGUUUUACAACAGCGAGCAGGGUCGGUGUGUACCGUGUACACGCUGCCAUGGUUCCCUGGUGGUGGUGGUACCGUGCUAUGUGUACCGGGAUGCUGUGUGUGCCCCUGCUGCUCAGUUCCUUCCCACCUGGUCGCGGCUCACCAAACCCCAAGCCCCCAUCACCCUCUCCACACCCACCACCAUACAGAACCGCACUAUAGAAGAACAUGGACGUGAUAGACAAACUUCAAAAUUUACUGUUGAUAAUUACAAUUUGUCAAAUAUCAGUGGAAAUGCUUCCAGUCAGCAUCAAGGUGUAUCUAACAUUACUAAGAAACCUAAUAAAAACAACCAUAAUAGACAGAACCACAGCUUGUUUCAUGAACAAAAUGACUCUGAGAAGAACAAAAAAGGCCAAUCAAAGCACCACCACCGUCAUAGACACAGUGGAGAACGCACUGAAUAUAGAGCUCAAAAUAAGUCUUACGUGGUGGAGAGAGAGGGACAUGUGGCGAGUGGUGUCCGUGUUAGUCAGAAAAGUGGUGCUAGUGAUUCAGUGAAUAAAACCAUUAGUAAUGGAGCCAGUGAGUCAGAAUGUGUAGCUAGAGGCAGUGAUGGUUGUGGUAAGGAUUCCAUGGGAAAGGACCUCAGUGAUGGUGCUAAUAGUGAUAAGGAUGAAGACAAGGAUUCACAUGAGCCAGAAAGGGCACACUGGGAAAAAACAUUUUUUCUCACAGUUGUCAUUGUUAUUAGCAUUUGUGUGGUUGUGCUUACCAUCGUUACACUUAGUCAUUUGAGAAAUAUCAUCGCCAGAUGGAAAUUAAAGAGAGUUUGUGAUGCAGUGCCUGGAGAUAGAAGUGGUGAGAUGACAAUGAUGGAACAUCUCUUGCCAGCUCUCCCCUCUAAUAUUACAAAUCAGCCAUUAGUGGCAACUAGCAGAGCUAGUGUCACUUAUUUGAGACCCACCACCACUACCCCUAUUUCUUCAUCUUCUACCACAGCUAGUGCAGUCAUGAUGAUGGACUCUGAGCAAAUAUCUGUUCAUGUAUACCCACCCAAUCCAUUCACAAUGGACAGAUUACUAGAACAGCGAAGAGUUUUGGGUCCAUCGUCAUCUGUAGAUACAAAUCUCUACAUUGAAAGCUGGCAGCAGCAAGACAGUCAGCCAGCAAUACAACACCCUCCAUCCACCAGUCCCUUUAUAGCUGGUCGUCAUACAUUUUUGAGAGGAUCAGUGUCUGCUUGUCCAAGCCCAGUGCCUGUUCGCACAUAUCGAUUAGGACCUGCAUCUGCCUCUGCUAGCCCAAUCAUUCCUGUGCGAGGAUUGGCUUCUACACGGGGACGUGUGCGUGGAGCACUUAUUUCAGCUGCAUGCACUUUGUCUAGUAGUGGAGGAGUUGUUGUAAGUGACUGUGCUUCAGUAGCACCCACAUAACACAGUUUCAAAAGAAGCUCAAGAAAAAAAAAUACCCAUGGGUUAGCUCCCUGAAGUAGCAGCUCUUUCAGUAAUCAAUGUAAAGAAGAAGGAAAUCACUCUUAACAUCUCAAAAAUAGAGCACAUGUGGCAGCUUUCAGUCAGAAAGAUUUUGCCAUGAGAGAAAUACUGCAAUUUAGUGCUAGUUAUCCAUGUGACUGUUCUUCCUGUGAGCAGGUGAGCCAUGUUACAUCCAGUAUUCAUAGCAGCUCAAACACAUAAGAGGCUUACUCAAUUAGUACUAAGCAGCUCAACUAUGUGGCAGCUUACUAAAUAUAGUAGCUCCAUCCUCCUGUGUUCUCAGAUUUUGCUCAGAGUAUGCCCAUGACCAGUUGUUUUAGAAAAUUACACCAGGAUGGUAUGUCUUUUCAGUAAACCAUGUUUAAUUUUAGUGUAACCAAUACUUGUACAAUGAGUAGUAUUGAAUCAAAAUUAUUUCAGCAUCAUUCCGUGAGUGGAUAUAAUAUGUCACUGGUAAUGAAGAGGAAGUGAUCAAAAUUUCAUAAAGCAACUUUGUCAUUUCCAAGCAGUGCUCUGGCAAUUGAACAUUACAAAGUGAUUGGGCACAUGUUAAAUUGUACUGUACAUAUUAUGUAAACUGUAUUUAUAUGAGACAUGUAAAUAGACAUUAUAUUUGUGUGCCAGUGUUUUGAUAGUUCUUGGAUGGGUGUAUGUGACUGAUAAACUUGUGUACUCUGAGUCUAGUGCUGCCAAGUUGUAGAGAUGAGUACACCAUGGCUCAAUUUUAAUUGUUUCUUACUGCUCAAAAGUCAUGUUCUGGGUAUUACUGUUUUGAAAAAGUUUUGCCCUGUGUUCCCUGCUCACAAAUUAAUAUUGUAUUACCUUGCAUGGAAUAUGAAUAGUUUUCCAGGAACCUUAGAGAUGUGAUUUGCAUAUAAACAUUAUUGAGUGCCAUAUUGGGUUUACCCAGCUUGUCAGUGUAGACUGUGCCAUACUGUGUGAUAAUUAUAAAAUGCUGGAGGACACAAUUUUACUGUAGCAUGAAUUUUGUUUAAUACAACUUAUUUCUUGAUGGCUAAAAUUUUCUAAUAAUUGAUAACUCAUGAGCAUCUUAAUUGAAAUGUGUGAGUGUGUUCCAUGUAAUGUUGGAGGUGUUUCCUUUACAUACAUAUAAUUUUCUAUUUUUUUACCCAAGUCCAUUGUAUAUUUAUUGUAGUCGAAAAAUUUUUCAAUAUCAUAUCAUUGAUCCAGGGAAGUAUGAAAAGCUUUACUUUUGCAGUGUCCUGAGGAAUGGGACCUAAGCAGAAUCUCUGUCAGACGGAUCUGUUGCCAUUUUCUUCCCAUAAAUUCACAUCAUUAUCCAUCAUACAUUUCUCAAUUUCUCAAGUUAUGUGUGUGUGUGUGUGUGUGUGUGUCAAGAUCAGCUUUUGAAGUAUUGAUGAUAAAUCAGUAUAUUUUGUGGUUUUUACAUUAGUGAAUAUCAGGACUCUUUCUUCCAAAAUUUCUGAAGAAAAUUAGGAUUGCCUCAGCCAGUAUGCAA